CCGCGGUGGGCGGGUCGAAACGGCGCUCUCCUGACGUGACAUUGUUGUUGUUAGGCGAUCCAUUUUUUAAUACGCCGUUAAUUUCUAUACUUAUUCAAUAACGACUGGAGAGACACCGGGUUAUUAAAACUGCCGUUACAGUCAUUAUUAACCGGGGACGACGCGCUGAGAAUGAGAGAGCUGCGGGCGGGGGCGGCGACGGUUCGAGUGUGAGCAAGCUGGCCUGUCUUUGCAGGAGGCUGCGUUUUUGUGUUGUUUUUUUUUCUCGUUUUUGUCGGUGGCGGCCGUGCAGUGUGAAUUCAUGAUCACAUGACCUUGGAUAUGGACGCGGUCCUGUCCGACUUCGUUCGAUCCACGGGAGCUGAUCCGGGCCUCGCCAGGGACCUGCUGGAAGGGAAGAACUGGGACCUCUGUGCCGCUCUGAAUGACUUUGAGCAGCUCCGCCAGGUGCAUGCUGGGACGCUGCAGUCUUCCUUCGGGGAGGAGAGGGGCUUCCGCCCCCCCGAAAAGGAGAUGCCCAGAGUGGGGCGCCCCCUGCUGAACAGGCAGGAUGACGCAGUGCAAGCAGAGAAGCGUCUGUCUCGCGGUAUCUCCCACGCCAGCUCCUCCAUCGUGUCCCUGGCUCGCUCUCACGUCUCCAGCUGCAGCGAGCCUCUCCUGGACACCCCGCUGUGCACCUUCCAGCUGCCCGACCUCACUGUGUACAGAGAUGACUUCCGCAGCUACAUCGAGAGAGACCUCAUCGAGCAGGCCAUGCUGCUGGCUCUGGAGCACGCAGGUCGAUUGAACUGGUGGACCAGCGUCGGUGCAAGCUGUCAGACCCUGCUUCCUCUAGCCACCACUGGAGAUGGGAACUGCCUCCUGCAUGCGGCUUCACUGGGGAUGUGGGGGUUCCAUGACCGGGAUCUGAUGCUGCGGAAGUCCCUUCACAGCUUGAUGGACAAGGGGGUGGAGAAGGAGGGUCUUCUGAGGAGGUGGCGCUGGCAACAGACCCUCCAGAACAAAGAGUCAGGACUGGUGUACACCGAGGAGGAGUGGCAGAAGGAGUGGAACGAGCUGAUCAAACUGGCGUCCAGCGAGCCCAGGAUACACUACAGCACCAACGCAAACAACUGUGCAGGAGCGGAGCAGGCGGAGGAGCCUGUCUAUGAGAGUCUGGAGGAGUUCCACGUCUUCGUUCUGGCUCACGUGCUGAGGAGACCCAUCGUGGUGGUGGCUGACACCAUGCUGAGGGACUCCGGUGGGGAAGCCUUCGCUCCCAUCCCGUUCGGAGGAAUCUACCUGCCCCUGGAGGUGCCCUCCGCCAAGUGCCACCGCUCUCCCCUGGUCCUGGCGUACGACCAAGCCCACUUCUCUGCCCUCGUCUCCAUGGAGCAGAGAGACAACUGCAGAGAGCAAGCCGUGAUCCCGCUGACUGACUCCGAACACAAGCUGCUUCCCGUUCACUUCGCCGUGGAUCCGGGUCGGGAUUGGGACUGGGGCAAAGACGAAAACGACAACGCCCGACUGGCCAAUGUGACGUUAUCCUUGGAGGCUAAACUGAGCUUGCUGCAUACCUACAUGACUGUGACGUGGCUGCAACUCCCAUGCGAAGCCCAGCAGGCCCCGCUGGCUCAGCCCGAGUCCCCUACUGCCUCUGCUGGAGACGAAACUCGCACCCCUCCCGAUUCGGGGGAGUCCGACAAGGAAUCUGUCUGCAGCAGCUCCAACGGGACAGGGGGUGAAGGAGGAGCGGGAGGGGGCAAGACCGCCUCUGGGGGCAGCAGCUCCAGCAGCAGCAGCAGCAGCACCAGCAGCAGCAAGGAGGGGAAGGACAAGGCAGCCAAGAAGGACAAGAAGCGGGCCGACUCGGUGGGCAGCAAGCUGGGCAGCUUUGGCAAGACCCUGGGCAGCAGGCUGAAGAAAAACAUGGGCGGGCUGAUGACCGGCAAAGCUGGCGGAGGCAAGCAGGGGGAGGAGAGCCUGGAGGAGGAGGAGAAAGAGAAGAAGAAGAAGAAAAAGAUGAUGAUGAUGAAAGGCUCGAGGAAGGGGAGCCAGGAAGGGUCUCCGAGCAGCGGUGGCGAGGGAAGAGGGGCUGGGGGUGGGGACGAGAGACAAACCUCUUCCCCCCAGCAGCAGCAGCAGCAGCAGCAAGAGCCAUGCAAGUAUGGCAGCGACGUCAAGGUGAGUCUGGGAAUCCUGCGGGCCGCCAUGCAAGGGGAACGCAGGUUCAUUUUUGCCGGCCUGCUGACCACCAGCAGCCGGCAGCCCUUCCAGGAGGAGAUGAUCCAACGCUAUCUCGCGGACGCCGAGGAGCGCUUCCUAGCCGAGCAAGAGCAGCACAGGGAGGCGGAGAGGAAAGGAGCGCCGCUCCCCGUCUCCGCCCCAGCCGCGGCAAUCUCCAACGGGACCCUGGGAAGGAAAGACCCGACUGACUGCUACCGCCAGCCCUUCGACCCCAAAGAGGAGCCGGAGGGCCCCCAUUUCAACCACAGCGGCCUCAAACCGCCCCCCUUCCCCGCCAACAGCUACUCGGGGACUCUGACCAUCCCGCGACCCAGCCUGCGCCCCAGCCUGCUCGGCCACUCCAGCCUGCCCGCGGCCCACCCUGCCUGCAGCCAGGAGACCAGGCGGCAGCUGGCUGGGGGCUCCUCCUCUUACAGCUGCCUCCCAUCGUACGCCACCCUGCCCAGACGCUGCCCCCUCGGACCCCCUCAUUCCCAGUACCGCCCCCCUCCUGCCGCGGCGGGCAGCCCCGCUCGGCCGUCACGCUGCUCGCCGAUAGAGACGGAGGAGGAGGAUCAGCCUCCAGAUUACAGGCAGGAGGAGAGAGUGCCGGGGGGGGGAGGAGGAGGCGGGUACAGCAACGGGUACCGGGAUGUGCGAGGUGGGGUCCUCGCCCCUUCCUCCUCCUCUCCUCCUCCUCCUCCUCCUCCUGCUUCUUAUUCUUCUUCUUCGGACAGAAACGCGACCCCGCCCGGCAGGAAUUUUUACGCUGCUCAGCAGACGAAAUGCAAAAUGCCGGCUUGCAACUACUAUGGGCACCCGGAGACGGGCCACUACUGCUCGUACUGUUACAGAGAGGAGAUGAACCGCAGGGAAAGAGAGUCUCUGGAGCACAGGUUCUGAAACUCCCUCCUUCUGUCUCUCUCUCUCUCUCUCUCUCUGUAGGAGGAGGAGAGAGAGAGAGAGAGAGGGGGACGGGGAGGGUUUAGUUAGGCUUGAACGGUUUUGUCGUUCUGAAUUCCUCUCCGCUUCCUUCCAUACAGGACGCCCACCCUUCUACGGAUGAAGGGAAAUGCAAUAAUGAAGUCUAAUGAUGGGGGAGUGGGGGGGGGGGAUGGAGAGAGAGAGACACACGUCUGCAGCCUGACUUGCGCUGUGUGAAUCACUACACCAGGACGUGACAGGGUCCCUUUUGAGUUUUGUUGCAGUUUUUACCUUCUGAUUUUGAGAGUUUUUGAAGUUUUGGAUGACAGAAAGGGACUUGGGAGUGGGGUUAGUAACGCGCACUCAAGGACAAUCUUUUUUUUUUUUUUUUUUUUUUUUAAAUGUCCCCCCUCCCCCCCACCCCCUCCCCUUACACCCAUUAGUAAUCGGUGAUUUGUUUUAAUAUUGCUGUUUUUAAAUCUCUAGGGAUUUGAAAGUUUAAUUCUUCAACGGUAUCUUGAUCUGUCUGUCCCGUCCCCCCAAAACAAACAAACAAAAAAAUAUUUUUCCAGGGAUCGUGUACAAAUUGCAACAUUUUCACAGAGACGAACAACAACAAAAAAUUAAGUUUUUUUUAUUUUUUAUUAUUAUUUAUUAUAUAUAUAUUUAAAUUAAAUUCAUUUAUUUAAGGGACAUUUUUAAGCAUUUCAUAUUUUUAACAUUUUAUAUGUGUAGUAUUACAUUCAAAAGGCAGUAUUUCGUGUGCGAUUCCUGAUUUAAAUUUGCCAUUUGAUAUUACUGAAUUUAACAUUGGGGGUUUCCAGACAUAACAUACUGUGUGUUAUGGCUGCUGUACUUGGUACAAAUCAAACACUAGCCCGUAUGUAUUCAAAACCUGACUGUAUUUUUUAGUGGCGCUAUGAAUCUCUACCUGCAGUUUAGCACCAUCUAAUGGGGCUAAAGUGAAGUGCACGAGAGAGCGGAUAGGUGAGGCUGAUUUUUCAGAUUACAUUUCAGUAGGUAAAAUAACUUUUCAAGUUGAUAAAAUGAGAGGGUGCGGUAAAAAGACGACUUACCCAUGUGAUUAAAAAUGUAAUUUAAUUAUUAAUUGAAAAAAAUCUAAGUAUUUAUUGACGUCAUUUGAUACGUUGCAUAUAGAUGCUAGCUUCUGCGGUUAUCAGAAAUGAGCAAGUAGGUUAUCGGAGCAAUAUAGCUGACGAGUAGUUAAAGUAACAGGUGAUAAAAGAUUCACUUGUAAAGGUUUAGACUAUUAGCCCUGAUUGUUUCAUCUUUUUAAUGGGGGGGGGGG